AUGGAACCGCCGGAAUCCACCUACGCCGCAGAACGGGUGAUUCUCCGCUGGGACUCAUCCGCCUCGGAGGACGCGCGCGACAGGAUGAUCUUCGCCGGCGACCGUGUCGAGAUCGACCGCUACCUCGACGCCGUCGACGAGCUUCAGAAAUCUAUGUCCGCCGCCACGCUGUCUGAUUCCCCAUCCGCCGCCUCGCCUACGCUCCAGAUCGCGAUGGCUCGGCUGGAGGACGAGUUCCGAAACAUCCUCCUCUCGCACACCUCCCCAAUCGAGGCGGAGCUGCUGAUCGAGCCGUCUCACUCCGAGCUCAGCUCCCCGAAACUCGAUUCCGGAGAGGAGAUCGGCGAGCGCAGCUUCGACAAGCAGUUAGAGCACCAGGAGAGCAACAACAGCACCACCAGCAGCUGUUACAAGUCCACCACCAGCAUACGCGAGGUGGAUCUCAUCUCCUGCGACGCGGUCUAUGACCUACGCUGCAUCGCCGAGCGGAUGAUCGCCGCCGGCUACCUCCGCGAGUGCAUUCAGGUGUACGCGAGCGUGCGGAAGUCCGCUGUGGACGCGAGCCUCAGGAAGCUGAGCGUCGAGAAACUGAGCAUCGGCGACAUUCAGAGGCUGGACUGGGAGACUCUCGAGAUCAAGAUCCGGCGGUGGAUACGCGCGGCCAAGUUGUGUGUCCGCGUGCUGUUCGCCAGCGAGAGGAGGCUCUGCGAGCAGAUAUUCGAGGGUUUAGGCAGCUCCGCCGACGAUGCGUGUUUCAUGGAAACCAUUAAAGGUCCUGCUAUUCAGCUGUUUAAUUUUGCGGAGGCCAUCAGUAUCAGCAGGCGUUCGCCGGAAAAAUUGUUUAAGAUACUGGAUUUACACGAUGCUCUGUCUGAUUUGUUGCCUGACAUCGAGGCAGUCUUUGAUUCCAAAUCGAGCGAGUCGAUUAGAGUACAGUCGGUGGAGAUACUGUCUAGAUUAGCCGAGGCCGUACGAGGUAUAUUAUCAGAAUUUGAGAAUGCCGUACUUCGCGAGCCUUCAAAGGUUCCUGUUCCGGGAGGAACAAUUCAUCCCUUGACCAGAUAUGUGAUGAAUUACAUUAGUCUGAUCUCGGAUUAUAAGCAGACCCUGAAUGAACUGAUUGUGUCCAAACCCUCGGCUGGUCAAAGAUAUUCGAGCGAUUCCAACUUACCGGAUAUGGACUUUUCUGAAUUUGAAGGUCAGACAUCGACACUGGCCCUUCAUUUGAUUUGGAUUAUUAUGAUUUUGCAGUUCAAUUUGGACGGCAAGUCUAAACACUACAAAGAUGCUUCCUUGGCUCAUUUGUUUAUGAUGAAUAACGUCCAUUAUAUAGUUCAGAAGAUUAAAGGGUCACCUGAGCUGAGGGAGAUGAUCGGAGAUGAUUAUUUGAAAAAAUUAACUGGGAAAUUCCGGGUUUCUGCCACCAACUACCAGCGGGCGACCUGGGUGAGGGUAUUGUACUGCUUGAGGGACGAGGGUCUGCACGUGAAGGGAAGCUUUUCCUCUGGUGUGUCCAAAAGUGCUUUAAGAGAGAGGUUCAAGGCUUUCAAUGCCAUGUUUGAGGAGGUACACAGAACACAGGCGACGUGGCUGAUACCUGAUACUCAGCUUCGUGAGGAGCUGAGGAUUUCCAUAUCGGAGCUUAUCAUCCCAGCCUAUAGAUCGUUUCUAGGGAGGUUCAGAAGUCAUAUUGAGAGUGGGAGGCACCCCGAGAAUUACAUCAAGUACUCGGUGGAGGACCUCGAGAAUGCAGUCUUGGAUUUCUUUGAAGGGUACCCGGUUUCUCAGCAUUCGAGGAGGAGGUCCGAGUGA